AUGGCCGAGCGCAAGGAGCUGUACCACGAGCGCCAGCAGCUCUACCGCUGCGGGCUGCACGCGCUCAACAACGUGCUCCAAGGCCCCGUGUUCACUAAAUCCACGCUGGACGAGGCGUGUGAGGAGCUGGCGACCAGAGCGGACCCGGACGCCGGCAAUGGGCUCAUGAACUGGGCCUGGAACCCGCACAGAUCCCCAUUGGGACUGGGCAAUUACGACGUCAAUGCGCUGACACUUGCCCUGCAGCAAAAAGGAUAUGUGAUGCAGUGGCUGGACAAGCGCGUUCCUGUGGACGACAAGCUGGUGAAGCUGGACGAGGCCGAGGGGGUGCUGUGCAAUGUGGUCAUGACCACGAUGCUCAGCAGUUUGUGGCUGCAGAGACACUGGUUCGCGAUUCGGAAAGUUGGCGGCGUGUGCUACAACUUGGACUCGAAGCUGCCAGCCCCAGCGGUGCGUUGUGUUCGAUCACUAUGA